CGAGGGAUAUGACUUGACCAUCCGCUUCCCCCCCCCUCUUCUCCUGUCGCAAUCGAAUUAUAGACUGCUCCGAGACAAUUCCGACAAUCAAACGAGAGUGAGACUGCGACCAGAUGACCACCAACACGUCACUCAACGGGCUCUGUCCCGAGCCCUUCCUGCAGGAGAGCCUGUUUCCCACCACCGGAGGAUUCGUCGAUGGUCGAUACUGUGAGGACUAUGGUACUGUCUCCUGUUGUCUUCCUUGCCCAUUGGCGGAUUGGAGAUAUGCGUCAGACGUAGCAGACAAAGUGAAGAUCGCGAGCUGGAUCGCGGUCGGCGUUCUACCUCUAUGCGUAUUCCUGCUAGUUACGUAUGCAGUCGUUCCGGUCAAGUACACCCAUCGCCAUUAUAUGAGCAUCUGCUUCACGCUCGGCAUCUGCUUCAUGGAUGUCGCGUUCAUCAUUCCUUUGGGUACAAACCCCUCUCAAUGUUACAACGACAUCACGCCGAAUGAUAUGUACUCCGACUUGUCUUGCGCUUUCACCGGUGCCUUGCUCUUGUUUGGAGGGUGGUGUGCGGUUGUCUGGAGUUUGAUUCGGACAGUUGCGCUCCACCUCCAGGUCUGCUGGGAGGUCGUCCUGGGCAGCUGGUUCAUGUGGGGAGCGUUCAUCUCCGGAUGGCUAAUCCCUAUAAUCGGUCUGGCUAUCAUGCUUGACUUGACUGGGGUGUCGUAUCGGUUUGGCCAAGUCUGUUCCAUCAACGAACACGCGAGCUUGCACGACUACUGGAUCCCCAUUAUUGUCUUUGCUUCCAUCGCCCUGGUGAUGCAGCUGACAACGAUGGUGUAUUGCAUCUAUGUCUACAUCAAGUCGGUCUUUGACAAGAACCCCACCACCAGCAGCUCGGCUCUGCCAUCCUACUCCAACAGUGUUCGGACCCUCACAGCCCGCCAGGCGUAUCGCCGGGUCCGACGGGUCCUGCAGCUCCAGUGGCGAGGCAUCGCGCUAGUCCUGAUCAUCAUCGGCAAUGCGAUCUACUUUGCCAUCACUUUCAUCGACGUGGACAACUCCGAGGCGGAUAAUGCCGAAAACCUCGCGAAAGCGGUUCCCUGGCUCGAGUGCUUGGUCGAGGAAAAGGGCGAUCGUGACGCCUGUAUGUCCCUCGCGGCUGACAUCGGACCCAACGAGGCCGCCAUAAUAGCUUGUAUGGUCCUCCUGGCAUUUGUCGGAUUCUGGAACUUCAUUUUGUUUUUGCGGCCUUCCAUGUUCGUCGGAUGGGCGGAACUGUUGAGAGGCAACGUUACCAAACAUCACCACGAGUUUGUUUCUGCCGAUGCGCGCAACUUCACGGACGCCCGAUCCUAUGAGAUGCUCAACAGCUCGGGGCUGGGUUCUCUGAAAACACCCGAACCCAUGGCGGUGCGGUCACCCACUCCUGGGGCGGGCGCGCAGAUAGGAGACAUGAAGCGGUCAAGUUCGCGCAAUUACGGAUACGAAGCCAAUUACACUAGCCCGACGAUGAGUUUCUCAACGCCUCGGCCCCCGAGUUCCUCGCAACAAGGGCGAGAGUGGGAUCCUCAGAAGACCUAUGCUCGAAGUCACCAUACCCGCGGAUCGAGUAAUCUCACCCAACUAUGACAACAAUAUACUACCUCCUCC